AUGGCGUUGCUGGUGGAGAAAACAAGCAGUGGGAGGGAGUACAAGGUGAAGGACAUGAGCCAGGCCGAUUUCGGAAGAAUGGAGCUAGAGCUCGCCGAGGUUGAAAUGCCCGGCCUCAUGUCCUGCCGCGCUGAAUUCGGACCCUCUCAGCCCUUCAAAGGCGCCAAGAUCACCGGCUCCCUCCACAUGACCAUCCAAACCGCCGUCCUCAUCGAGACCCUCACCUCCCUCGGCGCCGAGGUCCGCUGGUGUUCAUGCAACAUCUUCUCUACGCAGGACCACGCCGCCGCCGCCAUCGCCCGCGACAGCGCAUCCGUCUUCGCCUGGAAGGGCGAGACCCUCCAGGAGUACUGGUGGUGCACCGAGCGCGCCCUCGACUGGGGCCCCGGCGGCGGCCCUGAUCUCAUCGUGGAUGACGGCGGCGACACCACGCUCCUCAUCCACGAGGGUGUGAAGGCGGAGCAGGUUUACGAGAAGACGGGGCAGUUCCCUGACCCCGCUUCCUCGGACAAUGCGGAGUUCCAGAUCGUGCUGACCAUCAUCAAGGAUGGGUUGAAGACCGAUCCCAAGAAGUACCACAAGAUGAAGGACAGACUGGUGGGCGUCUCCGAAGAAACCACCACCGGUGUCAAGAGGCUCUACCAGAUGCAGGCCAAUGGCACCCUCUUGUUCCCAGCCAUCAAUGUCAACGACUCUGUCACCAAGAGCAAGUUUGAUAACUUGUAUGGAUGCCGUCACUCGCUCCCCGAUGGGUUGAUGAGAGCCACUGACGUGAUGAUCGCCGGCAAGGUUGCUGUGAUUUGUGGUUACGGAGAUGUUGGGAAGGGUUGUGCUGCUGCCAUGAAGCAGGCUGGGGCUCGUGUGAUAGUGACGGAGAUCGAUCCUAUUUGUGCCCUUCAGGCUAUGAUGGAGGGUCUCCAGGUUCUGACCCUGGAGGAUGUUGUCUCUCAGGCCGACAUCUUCGUUACGACGACCGGGAACAAGGACAUUAUCAUGGUGAGCCACAUGAAGAAAAUGAAGAACAAUGCGAUUGUGUGCAACAUUGGACACUUCGACAAUGAAAUCGAUAUGAUGGGGCUUGAGACGUACCCUGGUGUGAAGCGCACUAAUAUUAAGCCUCAAACCGACAGAUGGGUUUUCCCUGAGACCAACACAGGCAUCAUCGUGUUGGCUGAGGGUCGGCUGAUGAACUUGGGGUGUGCGACGGGGCACCCCAGCUUUGUGAUGUCGUGUUCCUUCACCAACCAGGUCAUCGCUCAGCUUGAGCUCUGGAAGGAGAAGGGCACUGGGAAGUAUGAGAAGAAGGUUUAUGUUUUGCCAAAACACCUGGAUGAGAAGGUUGCUGCUCUCCACCUUGGCCAACUUGGAGCCAAGCUCACCAAGCUCACCAAAGAACAGGCUGAUUACAUCAGUGUCCCCGUCGAGGGUCCAUACAAGCCUGCUCAUUACAGGUACUGA